AUGACCCACGUGAAAGGUAAUGAUAUUUUAAAAGCACUUUUGGACGAAGGAGAUGACUUCGAAGUAGAAUCCGGGUGGGAACCGGGCUUUGAAGUGGAAUCAGAACACUUGAGCGUUCAUAGUGAUAUUAACAGCGAAGUGGAUGCAGAAAUUCUUUCUUCCGAGUUUGAGAGCGACGACGAAAUACCCCAAUCAGAGGUUCGCGCGUCGAGACAAAGUUAUUAUACUGGCAAAGAUAAGACAACAAAGUGGCAAAAAGAACCAUUCAGAAGCAAUGUUCGUAGUAGAGCAGAAAAUAUUAUUACUCAUUUGCCUGGUGUGAAAACAGCUGCAAGGGGUAAGUUGUCACCUCUUGAGUGUUUUGAACUAUUUAUUUCCGAUGCUAUGACAGAUGAAAUUGUGAAUUGCACUAAUGAGAAAAUACUCUCCCGACCAACUGGUGAUCCUCAACAGUCACAAGCUACAAAGGAGGAAAUAAAAGCCAUUUACGGUUUACUUUUCCUAUCAGGCAAACAUCUUUGGACUCAAUGGCUCUGCCCAAAUGAAAAUGUAAAAACAGCUUAUGCUGUUAGUGAAAAAGGAUGGAUGGAGACCACCAUUUUCGAAAAAUACAUCCGAAAAGUAUUUGUGUCUUCAUUAAAAGGAGAAGCGCCUGUUAUUCUUAUAUUUGAUGGACAUUCGACACAUGUCGAUUUAAGCGUUAUUGAGUACGCAGCAUCCGUUGGGAUCACAAUUAUUAAACUUCCAGCUCACUCUUUUUACAUUUUGCAACCUUUAGACUGCAGCGUUAUGAAACCCUUUAAAGAUAAAUGGGAAGAUGAAAUUAUAAAAUGGCAGCGACUUCACAUUGGGUCUAAGUUGCCGAAGCCAGAAUUAGCACGCAUAAUAACAAAAAUUUGGGACGAAUUAAACCCAGUCGUAAUUCAAAAUGGAUUUCGGAAAACCGGCGCGUACCCAGUAGAUCGUAAUGCCAUACCAAAAGCAUCAUUCGACAGCCAAAAACUUGAAACAUGGGAAGUAUUUAAUGCCAAUAAUAAAGAUCAGAUGCUACUAAUGAAAACUGCUGAGAUUGAUGCUGCCAUUGGCAAAUCUGCCCACAAAAGCUACACUACCGCAAGUAGCGUACCGACCUUAUUAAUAUUAUCAUUAGAAAUGAUUUUGAAACGAUCCAGGGACCAAAAACAAAUACUCAAAAACAAAAGAAACUGGAACUAA